CGCCGCAUGCUCCUUUAAAUAUAGAGAUGCUGCGGCGUGGAAAGCGACUUGUUUGGGAGGUCAGAAAAAAUGCGGUGCCGGGAAGAAAGUUGGUGAGAAAAAUGGCAUCCCCGGAAGAGCCCAUUCUUUCCAGACUGGACCGCCUUGAUACUAUGAUUAGGGAGCUGGACGAAAUUAGAGGCAGGAAGAGCUGGGUCGGAUCUUCGCCGUCGAGUGGGAGGCUGGCGAGCACUGAUUGCACGUCGUCCGUUGAUUUCUCCCCGAAGAGCUUAGAGAAGCAGAGCCGUCCGAUGAAGGAGGUGAUGAUGGAGGUAGCGCUCAAAGGGUCUCUCUUAGAGAGGCUUGAUCAACUGCAGAGCCGCGUGCUUAAGCAGUUGUGUUUGAUGCAGGUGGAGGCAGAAAUAGAGGCGGAGGCGGAGGCGGAGGCAGAGAGGAAGAGGGAAGAGAGAAUGGGGAGAAGGCUUCACGAGAAGAGCUUCAAGCGCUUAUUUAAAUCUUGUGUAAAAAGUGAAACCUAAAAUAUGUAAUGGAACUCAAUUUUGUGCUGUUUUACUAUUGUGUAAAAUGAUAAAUAGUAAUUAAAAAUAUUAUUUAAUAUA